UAACGUUGGCGGAAGGUCGUGAGCCGAAGGAAACUUAUGUCCCCUACAGUGGAAGUCCCUCACUGAGUCACUGCUAUAAUUUACCAUAACCGGCUGUAAAACUGGGGUGAAAGAUCUCUCUCUCUGGAUCGAGCUUUAUUAGUCCUCCUCAUCCCCUUCUUCGUAUUGGGGGGCCGUCUCUAUCGCAAUGAGCUGUUGAUUACUUUCUAUGUCUCAAACCAACGACAACACCACCACCAACAACAAGCGCCCUGCCCACACCACCACCAGCUAUCUCCCGGCGGCGAUGAAAAAGGCCAAGUCCGAGGCCGUCGCCUCUUCCCUCGACCGCAACAAAAACGGCAUCCCCUUCCGCUUCGACGACCCUCCUUCCCCCACCACCAUCGAAGACGAUCCCACCAACCCUAAUUACGACGUGGUCGCCCAUUCCUCUGGCGGCGGCGGCGGCGUCACCUCCAAUUUGUCCCGCAAGAAGGCCACGCCGCCUCAUCCUGCCAAGAAGCUCGUCAUCAAGCUCCUCAAAGCUAAACCAACACUGCCCACAAAUUUUGAGGAUAAGACAUGGACAUCACUGAAGUCCGCUAUAAGUGCCAUAUUCUUGAAGCAACCAGAUCCUUGUGACUUGGAGAAGCUUUAUCAGGCUGUUAAUGAUCUUUGCUUGCAUAAAUUGGGGGGAAGUCUCUAUCAACGGAUUGAAAAGGAGUGUGAAAUACACACAUCGGCUGCACUAGAGUCUUUGGUUGGCCAAAGUGAAGAUCUGGUGGUUUUCCUAACACUAGUUGGGAAAUGCUGGCAAGACUUUUGCGACCAGAUGUUGAUGAUUCGUGGUAUUGCCCUGUAUCUUGACAGAACCUAUGUGAAGCAAACCCCAAAUGUUUGUUCGUUGUGGGACAUGGGCUUGCAGCUUUUCCGUAAACAUCUCUCUCUAGCUGCAGAAGUUGAGCACAAAACUGUAUUUGGCCUUCUAAAAAUGAUAGAGAGUGAAAGAUUAGGUGAAGCAGUUGAUAGAGCCCUCCUUAACCAUCUCUUGAAGAUGUUUACUGCUCUAGGCAUUUACUCAGAGAGCUUUGAAAAGCCAUUCCUUGACCGCACAUCUGAAUUUUACGCUGCUGAAGGUGUCAAAUACAUGCAGCAAUCUGAUGUUUCAGACUACUUGAAGCAUGUGGAGGUAAGGUUGCAUGAAGAAAAUGAAAGAUGCUUGCUCUGUUUGGAUGAAAGUACAAGAAAACCAGUGAUAGCUGCUGCUGAAAGACAACUCCUUGAGUGCCAUAUAUCUGCAAUUAUUGAUAAGGGUUUCAUGAUGCUAAUGGAUGCGAAUCGCAUUGACGAUCUUCAGAGGAUGUACUCGCUAUUUUUCAGGGUUAAUGCCCUUGAAUCAUUAAGGCUGGCUAUUAGCUCGUACAUUCGGAAAACUGGGCAGGGUAUUGUCAUGGAUGAGGAGAAAGACAAAGAUAUGGUUUCCUCCCUCUUAGAAUUUAAGGGAUCUCUUGAUACCAUAUGGGAAGAAAGCUUCGCUAAGAAUGAAGCAUUUUGCAACACUAUUAAGGAUGCAUUUGAGCAUCUCAUAAAUCUCCGACAGAACCGGCCUGCUGAACUGAUUGCAAAGUUUUUGGACGAAAAACUUCGUGCUGGGAAUAAGGGUACAUCUGAAGAGGAAUUAGAGGGUACACUUGAUAAGAUCUUGGUUUUGUUCAGGUUUAUACAGGGUAAGGAUGUGUUCGAAGCAUUCUACAAGAAAGAUCUUGCUAAAAGGCUACUGUUGGGAAAGAGUGCUUCCAUUGACGCAGAGAAGUCUAUAAUUUCGAAGUUGAAAACCGAGUGUGGCAGCCAGUUUACCAAUAAACUUGAAGGAAUGUUUAAGGACAUUGAACUGUCGAAAGAGAUAAACGAGUCUUUCAAGCAGUCUUCCCAAGCCAGGACAAAACUCCCUUCCGGGAUUGAGCUGAGUGUCCAUGUUUUAACAACAGGGUACUGGCCAACAUAUCCCCCUAUGGAUAUCCGGCUUCCUCAUGAACUCAAUGUGUAUCAGGACAUAUUUAAGGAGUUCUACUUGAGUAAGUAUAGUGGGAGGCGAUUAAUGUGGCAGAAUUCAUUAGGUCACUGUGUCUUGAAAGCAGAAUACCCAAAAGGUAAAAAGGAGCUGGCAGUGUCUCUAUUUCAGACUGUUGUUUUAAUGCUGUUUAAUGAUGCCCAAAAGCUUAGCUUCCAAGAUAUUAAAGAUUCUACUGGGAUUGAGGACAAGGAGUUGAGAAGGACUCUGCAAUCCCUUGCCUGUGGAAAAGUUCGUGUCCUUCAGAAGUUGCCUAAAGGGAGAGAAGUGGAUGAUGAUGAUUCAUUUCUGUUCAAUGAAGAAUUUACGGCACCUCUCUACCGUAUAAAGGUAAAUGCUAUUCAGAUGAAAGAAACAGUGGAAGAGAACACUAGCACGACCGAAAGAGUGUUUCAAGACCGUCAGUAUCAGGUUGAUGCUGCUAUUGUUCGGAUAAUGAAGACAAGGAAGGUUCUGAGUCACACGCUUUUGAUAACUGAACUCUUCCAGCAGCUCAAGUUUCCAAUAAAACCAGCUGAUUUGAAGAAGAGAAUUGAAAGCCUCAUUGAUAGAGAGUAUCUGGAGAGGGACAAGAGCAACCCUCAAAUAUACAACUACCUUGCCUAAGUCAUCUUUGUUUUAUUUUUAUUUUUUCCAAAUCACAUCCAUCUUGUAUAUGACGUGGGAAAGUGCAUCGCUCUUCAAGAGGUUUGAUGUUUCUCGAUCCCAUGUCAGAUUUUGUACAGUUACUCGCAGCUUUGUAUUUUUGUUGUGGACACAUGCUGUUUCAGUUGUAAAUUAUAUAUUUAAGUCAUUUGAAAUGUUGUCCGGACGGUGGCGUUCCCCUCCUCCGGCCAAUUCGAUUCA